AUGAAAUCAGUGUAUCCAGUUCUUCUGUUCCUUCAUUUUGCCUCAGUGGGUACAUCAGAUCAGUUUAAGGUUGUUGGUCCAGCUGGUCCUCUUGUUGCUGUAGCUGGUGAGGACCUGGCUCUGCCCUGUUCACUCAAACCCAACAUCAGUGCUGUGGACAUGACAGUGCAGUGGUUUAGACCCCAUGGAUCAGACACUCUAGUGCAUCUGUACACAGACCAUGAAGACAGAAAUGAGAACCAGAUUCAGUCCUAUAGAAGGAGGACAGCACUGUUUAAAGAGGAACUGCAGAAAGGCAACACUUCACUGAAACUCUUUAAUGUGAGAGUCUCUGAUGAAGGAAAAUACAAAUGUUUGAUUGAAUCUAAAAGUCAGUAUGACGAUAUAUCUGUUGAAGUCAUAGUUGAAGUGGUAGGAACCCACCCAAUGAUCUAUAUGGAGGGCUAUGAUCAUUCAGGAAGAUUGAGUCUACUGUGUGAAACUAAAGGUUGGCAUCCUAAAGAGCCUGAAGUUCUGUGGCUGAACAGUGAAGGAAAUGUUCUCCCUGCUGAGAAUACAGAGACGGACAGAGACACAGAGGGUUUCUAUGUGAAACAACGUGUUAUAGUCCAGGACAGUAACACCAACAGAUUCUUCUGUAGAGUAACAAUGAGAGACCACAUGAAGGAGGCAGACAUUUUCGUUACAAGUGAAGUUUUUCAGACCUGGAGGACUACAGUCAUCUGCAUUUCAGUUUUUACUGUGAUGUUUGUCACUGUGGUCAUUUUACUGAUUAUCUACAUUCACAGACAGAGGGUUAACUUUCAAGAGAGUGAAAAGAAGAGAAUACAGGAAGAGAUUGAGAGCAGAAGGAGACUCCAUGCAGGAGAUCCCACUGGACGCAGUAAUCCAGCCAGGAAGUUGGUGAAGCAGACGAUUUUCAGGGCACGUUUUCUAGCCCCUUCCCCUGCUGGGGUGAGCAGUGUGGACCCUGAAAAGGACUGGUCAGUCAUGGGUGAAGCCUUCCUCCACCUUCACAGUCAUUGUAGAGAUCUGCCUGUUUGCUGGACUCUGUCCUUUCUUGGGUCGCGCUUUGUCUUGUACCUCCCCGACAACCUUACCGACCAAAGGGUGACCCUACCAGGAAGUUACAUUCCAGACGGCAUCGCUCUCAGGAUCUUUGGUACACAUAAGCUUCUCCAACACGACAAGACCCUCCGGAGAAUGGAUGUGACUCUGGAUCUUGAUACCGCAAAUCCCUAUCUCAUUCUGUCUGAUGAUGGAAAACAAGUCAGAGAUGGAGACACACGACAGGAUCUCCCUGACAACCCAGACAGGUUUGAUUAUUGUGUGAAUGUACUGGGAAAGGAGGGGUUCUCCUCAGGGAGAUUUUACUAUGAGGUGGAGGUCAGGGGGAAAACUGAUUGGGAUUUAGGAGUGGUCAGAGAGUCCAUUAACAGGAAGGGGAGGAUUACAGCAAGCCCUAAAAAAGGACAAUGGACUGUAUAUCUGAGAAAUGGGGAUGAGUAUAAGGCUCUAGACUCUCCCUCUGUCCUCCUCUCUCUGAGACAGAAGCCCCAGAAGGUGGGGGUGUUUGUGAAUUAUGAGGAGGGUCUGGUCUCCUUUUAUGAUGUGGAGGCCAGUUCUCAUAUCUACUCUUUCACUGGUCAGUCUUUCACUGAGAAACUCUAUCCACUCCUCAGCCCUUGUUUUAAUCAUGAAGGUAAAAACUCAUCUCCACUGGUCAUCACUCCUGUCAGAUAA